GACCGUUAGAUCCGUGAGGUGAGAUUCGAUCGGCCGCGGAGGAACUGAUUCAACUCUGCCCGUUGCGACGCGAGGAGACCCGAAAGGCUUCCGCCCUUCUCUAGGUGCAGAAGAGAAGGAAAGAAUGCACAAUGAACUUCUACAAGCAAUGUCCAAGGGGUCAAUGAUGUUCAGGGAUGUAUCUGUAAACUUCUCUCAGGAGGAAUGGGAAUGCCUGGACUCUGGUCAGAUGAAUUUAUACAAAGAAGUGAUGUUGGAGAAUUUCAGCAACCUGGUUUCAGUGGGACUUUCCAAUUCUAAGCCAGCUGUGAUUUCCUUAUUGGAACAAGGAAAAGAGCCCUGGAUGGUUGAAAGAGAGCUGACAAGAGGCCUUUGUUCAGAUCUGGAAUCUAUGUGUGAGACCAAGAUAUUAUCUCUAAAGAAGAGACAUUUUAGUCAAGUAAUAUUUGCUCACGAAGACAUGCCCACUUUUAUUCAGCCCACAUUUCUUACUUCACAUCAAAAAACUCUUAAUGAAGAGAAACCCUGUGAAUGUAAGAUAUGUGGAAAGGCCUUUAAUCAGAACUCACAAUUUAUUCAACAUCAGAGAACUCAUUCUGCUGGAAAAAACUAUGAAUGCAAGGAGUGUGGGAAGUCCUUUAGUCGUGGCUCACUUGUUAUUCGACAUCAGAGGAUUCACACUGGUGAAAAACCCUAUGAAUGUAAGGAAUGCGGCAAGGCUUUUAGUUGUAGUUCAUAUUUUUCUCAACAUCAGAGGAUUCACACUGGUGAGAAGCCCUAUGAAUGUAAGGAAUGUGGAAAAGCCUUUAAUUAUUGCUCAAACCUCAAUGAUCAUCAGAGAAUUCACACUGGUGAGAAACCUUAUGAAUGUAAAGUAUGUGGAAAAGCCUUUACUAAGAGUUCACAACUUUUUCCACAUCUGAGAAUUCAUACUGGUGAGAAACCUUAUGAAUGUAAGGAAUGUGGGAAAGCCUUUACUCAACACUCAAGGCUUAUUCAGCAUCAGAGAAUGCAUACUGGUGAGAAACCUUAUGAAUGUAAAGAAUGUGGGAAGGCCUUUAGUAGUGCCUCAACACUUACUAACCAUCACAGAAUUCAUGCAGGCAAGAAACUUUAUGAAUGUAAGGAAUGUGGAAAGGCCUUUAUUCAGAGCUCAGAACUUAUUCAACAUCAGAGAAUCCAUACAGAUGAAAAACCUUAUGAAUGUAAUGAAUGUGGGAGGGCUUUUAAUAAAGGCUCAAACCUUACUAGACAUCAAAGAAUUCACACUGGUGAGAAACCCUAUGACUGUAAAGAAUGUGGAAAGGCCUUUGGUAGUCGCUCUGACCUUAUUCGCCAUGAAGGAAUUCAUACUGGGUGAAAGAUAAACCCUGUUGAUAGUCUUUUAAUAAUAUCUUUAAAACAGGUAAUGAAAAAAUAAUAUAGUUUUUUAGGCUACUAUAACAAAGUACCAAGUACCACAAAAUUGGGUGACUUAAAACAAUAGAAAUCUAUUAUCUCAUAGUUUUGGAGCUUUGAAAUCCCAAAUUAAAGUUGUUGGUAAGGUUGGUUCCUUCUGAGGACUCUGAAGAUGAAUCUGAUCCAUGUCUUUCUCCUGGCUUCUGAUAACAUCAGUCUUUGACAUUCCUUGCUUCAAAUCCAUCACUCCAAUCUCUGCCUGCAUUUUUACAUUGUAUUCUGUGUAUAUCUGUCCCUGUCUUGUAUAAGAGGAGACUCUUAUUCAGGACAUCAAUUAUAUUGGAUUAGGGCUCACACUGAUGACCUUAUCUUAACUAGAUUACAUCUGCAAAGACCUUAUUUCCACGUAGGAUCACAUUCACAGAUGCCAGAGGUUAAGGCUUUUACAUAUUAACCCAUAACACUGUUAACGUUUUUUUUCUAACAUAUUUGUAAAUUACUUUUAUACAUAACUUGUUAAAUGUCCCUUACCUCCAAAAAAGAUUCUGUCCCAGACUAUUUCUUAAAUAAUUCUUUCCUCCUUAUUGUAUUACAUUACUUUUUGGUUAUAUAUUUGAGUUUAUAUUAGCUUUAUUUUAGGGCUGUCUUUUCUAUUGUUCUAACCCAUAUAUCUGUUUUUAUAGUACCAAUAUCGUAUAGUGAGUUACAUUACAUAGGCUAUCUUUCAAUUCCUGGCAGAAUUAUAACUUUGUUUUUAAAGGCAGCGCUACUCUUUUUUUUUUCCUUUUGUAAAACUAUUGUUUUCAUUUUGUCAAAACAAAAAACAAACCACACACACACACAAAGAAAAAAGGUUAUUUGUAAGCCUACCAAAAAAAAAAUUACUACUUUCAAAUUAUUACAACAUGUCCUUCCAGAGUUUAUUUAGUGUAAUCAUGAUGUGCAUGCUGUACCAUAACCUGCUUCUAUCCUGCAGCUAUUUCAGAUGUCUGUCAUUCUUCUUAAUGGUAUAAUUUUUCUAUGGUAGAUUAUCAUUUUGCUGUAUAUUACUGAAAAACUUUAUGAUACUCACUGAAAAUUUGCAGUUAUAAAAGUUGCCUUCUAAACACAAAUGUAGUGCUUUUGUUUGUUUUUCUUUAAAAACAUUACAUUUCAAUGUCAAAUAACUGGUGAAAAAAAAACCCUGAUAUUUUCUCCUUGAAAAAUACUGCCAGUAGUUCCCUUGUUGUAUUCACUCUUAGCAAUUUGUUCUUUAUCCUUCUAGACCUUUUUUAAAAAUUACUUUUGCUUACAGAUUUGUACACACACAACCAAAUACAUAAAUAUUUGCAACACUUGUAGAAAAGUUAGUACUGUUUUAUAAUUUUGUGAAUGAAUGUACAUACACUAAUGUGUUGGAUUGCUGUGAGGAUUAAAUGAGUUAAAUGUAAAGUGAGGGGUACUGGAAUGGCUCAAUUGGUUAAUAAGCCUCUGACUCUUUAUUUCAGCUCAGGUCUUGAUCUCAGGGUCAUGAGAUCAAGCUUGGGGUCAGGCUCCAUGGUGGGCGAGAAGCCUGCUUGGAUUUCUCUCUUCCUCUGUGCCAUCUCCCUCGUUUAAGCUCACUCUCUCAAAAGAAAAAUAAAAUGUUUGGGAUUUUUACUAAGA